UGUCCAUGUCGUUAUUUCGGGCUUAAAAGAGUGCGCGCGCCUAUGUUGUUAUGUCACUAUUGUGCACUAGGCAUAUUUUCUACCAGUGCAUUAUUAAACAGGUGUUUGUUUUCAUUUGUUUUUGUUUUUGCUUUUAUAUUGUUGGAGUUGUCUAAGAUAGUCGUCUAGUUCCCGAACAGCAAGUAGCAUCCUUGCGGUGCCAAGUUAAAUGAAUUUCCUACUUUUUCAAGUGGCGGACAACUAAACCGGACAGAGGUAAAUGGCACCACUCGUGACGUAAUAACACAUUAUCAGCGUAAAAUGUUAAUGCGAUUAUUUCCCCUAAUUCAGCCCUAAAUAAUUUAUCUGCGAAAAUAUAACAGGACAGCUCGAUGAAACCAGAGUAUACAAGUGUAUUAUUCGAAUUGUUUUUGCUCUAUCGUUGUAUUCUCGUAUGUAGAUGUAAUCUCAUUCUGCUUUGAAAAGCCUGUGGGUUUAUUGCUUUCUACCCCACAGGCCGCAAUAAUUAAGUCAGAAAUAAACUUCACUAAGUAGAUACCCAUCCAUCAUCAAAACGAUCAUUCAUCUUCGUGGUUUAAAAAAAGGUAGCUCUAUGAUUAUGAAAACCUUCUAACAGUUGGGACGUUUGUCUUAUUUUGACCUUUUAACGACUAAUAAUUCUAAGCAGACUGUCCCCUUAUCGAGUUUACGUCUUCAGGAAUGCUAUAGGUCUAGCAAUGACUCGAUAAACGCUAGUUUGCGUCCAGAUAAUCGCCCGGCAUCUUUUAUUAACGCAAUUUCGCGAUGUGAACAAAUCUCUACACUUUCACCAGAAGCUCUUGCAAACAGGACAAUUUACCUAACUAAAACCACAAAGCUCUUGAGAGGGAAAUACAUGCGGAAGGGCCUGUCGACAUUGGUCGCUGAGAGGAUGGCGUUUAUUAGGGUGUAGGCGAUGAGUGAUAUUGCACCUAUCGUGAGGGAGAAACUAUAGCAGGUGGAAAAGACGGAAGAUGUCAAGGUUGCUUGGCAACGAUGACAUUACGUGUACACGGUCUUAAGCAUUAAAACGUGCGAAUCUUUGAAUUAUUUGCCAGUUUGCAGAGAUGUGAUAUGGUGACAAGUCGCGGAGCAUAGAACUACGCGCACUCUCCCCGAUCAACAUGAAUGUGACUUCAUUCAAUGUAACCCAGAGAGCUGUUACAGAGGCUGGCUGUUUCUUAGCGGAUCCUGUUUCUCUCAAGAUGGCACGGAUUGCUCCCUACUGCCUUAUCAUUCCUCUCUCGCUUAUUGGAAACUCUCUUGUCGUUGCUGUGGUGGCAAGUGAACGGCGAAUGCAUAAGACGGUUAAUUUCCUUAUAGUGAACAUGAGCGUAUCCGACCUAUUAGUAACUGUCGUCUAUAUGCCCCGAGUGAUCUCUCUAUCUUACGCAGGAUAUGAAUGGCUGCUGGACGGGCUUGCAGGUCUCGUGUUCUGUAAGAUGUCGGUGUGUUUUAACCAGACCUCGAUUGCGGUCACGAUCUUUACAGUAAUUGCGAUUAGCCUGGAUCGAUUUCUGGCCGUUGUGUUUCCCCUUGGUCGUCACUUCACGGAGACGACGUCCCGCGUCAUUAUCACCGUAACUUGGAUAGCAGCUCUCUUGACUGCCUUCCCUCAAUUCUACGGCAUAAAGCCCGUCCUCCAAGGUGGCAAACUCUACUGUUUCCUUGACCUUGAUCAGACCUUUGAGCCUGGAGCCGAGCGCGCGUUCUACCUGUUCACGCUUGUGGGGCUAUUCGCCAUCCCGUUAGUAACGAUAGUGUUCCUGUACUCAGGAAUCAUGAUAACCUUGAUCCAGCGCAGAAAUGUGUUGUUGUCCAGCGACGCGCAGACUCAGCAGCGAGAGCGCACAAGGAAAAGAGUACUCAAGAUGGUGACGAUAGUGGUGGCAGCGUUCAUCCUUUGCUUUUUAUUGUACUUUAUUCAUUUUAUUUUGUACUCGUAUGGAGUUAUUUUUCCGUGCUGGUUGAUGUACUUACGCCUUAUGAUGUUGCACUUGAACAGUGCCCUCAAUCCGGCUAUUUAUUUCUUCUUUAACGAGAACUUCCGACGUGGACUUCACAACCUCGUCGUUAGAUGCAAUCGUCGAGUGCCUUUCGGUUGUGCGGCAUCUCCCGUGACGCCAUUUGGGGCGACUCUCACUCUCCAGCAGGAAGGUUCUAGUUCCGAAUUAAACGCACGCAAGGACCUUAUACGCAGCGCGUACGCAUCACCCAACCUCCAUAACAACAUCUCUACGUUAAACUUUGCGGAGGCAGCAAUGCCGAAUCAAACGUACACUGGCAUCUCAGAUCCACCGCGAUAGACAUUGUGCUCUACCCACUUGCACGCCUAAUACCAUGAUAAUAAGCCACACUUACGGCGUGAGAACCUAGCCAUGGUGGCGCGUCCCCAAAGAGUUAACUUGUUAAUCAGAUCAUAUGAUCAAAUAUGUGGAAGAUACAUAAUCAGACACAUGUACAAGAUAGGUGAUCACAUAUGUGGAAGAUAGACAAUUGCACUAGAGGAGGAUUCUACCGGAAAGAGGGAUUAAGUUUUAGGCAAGAAUUAGUCUCUCACCUUAGCUUUAUAAUAUUCAAAAACCAAAAAUCAAAUUAAGGCAUUUGUUUCGAUAAUCUAGUAUUUUUUGUCGACUCUAGCUUGGUUAUGGAAGCAAUUCUUAAUUUUUCGUUUUAUUAUGUACUUCAAAUGUGCAUCAAUCUUCCAUGGGAAAAGGAGAGACGUCUGGAACAAAAGAGAUAUUAAACGCAAAACGGUUAUUUGUCCUAGUCGUUUUGUUGUAAUGUGUUAAUAAAGUGAAGGAUCUGCAA